AUGGCAAACACUUUUCCUGUGAGGCUGAGAUCCCCAAAAGGGACCACGACCAUCCAUGUCAACCCGAAUAGAACCAUUGGGGAUCUGCAACUACUUAUCUCCUCUGCUACUCAAAUUCUACCAUCACUUCAGGACAUAAAAAUUGGGUAUCCUCCAACACAGGCUAUGUUGGUGCCCAGCCUGCCACUUGCCUCAUUGAAUUUGAAACGGGGCGAUCAGAUCAUUGUCUCAACACUAUCCGCGGAGCAUUCUGUUCUUUCAUCCGCAACAAAGCACAUCACGGCCUCCCCCAGGGAUGUGGACGGCGGGUUGCCCACUUUGGGGGCGGGGGGAGAAGGCGCAUCCUCUAUGGAACGUGAACGGUUAGCAGUGCAGGAUCACUCAGGGGAUGGAUUAGUCGAUCAUGUUGCUGUGGAUGGUCAGUUUCUUGUACUAAGAGAAGUGCCUGAUGAUAACUCUUGCCUAUUCUCCUCGAUUGCGCUCAUUUUUGAGCAAGACAUGAGGGCUGCACCGAAACUUCGUUCCGUAGUGGCAAGUGCUAUCAAGGGCGAUCCUGAUACAUUUUCCGACGUUUUCCUUGGUCGGCCACGCGAUGAAUAUAUCACAACUAUUCUGAAGGCCACAUCAUGGGGUGGUGCCAUAGAGCUCUCAAUACUGUCAGAUCACUACCAAACUGAAAUAUCCAGUUUUGACGUCGAGACUGGUCGUUGUGAUAGAUUUGGUCAAGGGAAAUAUCAGAACAGAUGCUUCCUCAUGUAUUCCGGCAUUCAUUAUGAUGCAGUUUCGAUGUCCCCGACAGUGUCCGCACCUGCUGAUUUCCAUCAAACUGUAUUUCCUGUGGAAGCGGAAGGAAUUUUCGCCGCUGCGGGGCGCCUUGCGGUUAAGAGACGAGAGAAAGGAGCGUUUACAAACACUACAACCUUUGAUCUCUGUUGCCAAACGUGUGGCGUGCGGAUCAAAGGCGAAAAGGACGCCAGGGCACAUGCAAAGGAGACAGGCCAUGCUGAGUUCGGGGAGUACUGA